GAUUUACGUGUUGUGCAGGUUCACGCAGUCUUUUCUUUACCCCAAACAGUGGUGAAGCGGUAUUUCAACCCUCAGAACCCCCCACCCCAGCAUUUCGCCUAUGUGGAGUGGUUUUCGGCUUUCAGUCCUUUACCAGAUACACACUCUGGGCUGUACAAGGUCAGACGGCUGGUUCGCGAUACCGAACGCCAAGUGUCAAUCGUGCCUGUAUCUUUGAUUUGUCGAAGUGCUCACUUACUGCCUAAGUGGGGAGGAGCUGUUCCUGCAGAAUGGAUGAGCUUAGAUGUUCUUGAUACUUCCCCCUUGUUUUUUUUGAAUGUCUUCAAAGACACGUAUACUUACUUCAAUGUAGGUUAA